AUGCCCACUUUAGAGAAGUCACUCAGCGGCAUUUGCGAACAACAGAGGAAGAGAAAGAGGACCAUUUUCAGCCGGAGCCAGCUGACUGACCUGGAGAAGGCUUUCGCUGUCACUCCUUACCCGGACAUCAACCUCCGCGAGCGGCUGGCCGCUGUGACCGGACUGCCAGAAAGUAAAAUUCAGGUUUGGUUCCAAAACCGCAGAGCCAGAAGUAUCAAGAGUGGUAAGCUAAUCAGACCAUUGAAAAGGAGCCUCCAAAAUCCGAGCUGCCACAGGUUUUCUCCACUUGAUGCACCUUCACCCAAGUGCUUGAGGACAGGACCCACCAGGCCAGGUUCAAACCAGAAGAACACUCAGUGCUUAUCCUGGUCAAGAGUGGAGAACCAGCCAUUGCCAAGCUGUAGUGAGUUUACACACCCGUCUUUGCUGGCUCCAUCUUUUUCAUAUCAGUCCAGGUCACAGACUGCUUCUCACUUGUCUUCUGACCUCCCGCCUGAAGCAUUCUGGGAAGAGCAGGAGUUCCAGAUGUCAGCAUCACAGAACCCGGGCCAACAGUGGGACGACUUCAACUCUUUCUGUUCAACUUCUAGCUGCAGACUCAGGUCUCACCAAGAAGUCGGCCAAAAGCAGGCGAUGGGGAAUGGUUAUUAUAACAGGCACCCCAUGGACCAGGCGCUCAGUUCUCAGCCGCUGUACUGGGAAGUGCCGCCACUGCAGGACAACCUGGAAAACGGACCUCAGACUUCUCUCGGUUACAUCUCUGACCUCAUCUAUAAUGCUGCCAUUGUUACCAAUUUAGUUGAAUUCUGA